UCGCGCGAAAACGGCAAACCGCGGCGAACUUCACUGAUCAGAUUGUUGCAACAAAAAUUGUUUACGCAUCAGUCGGACGCUAAAAUACGCGAAGUUGAUUUUUUUGGGCGAAUAUUUACUCAGAGGAUAGUUCGCGACAUUUGAAGCCCGCGAAGUCGCCGAUAGUGUCGAUCAGUCAUCGUCGAGAAAUCGAGGAUAAUUGAAAAAGAAAAAACAUGGUUCUCACGAAGGAAUAUCGUAUUUGUAUGCCGCUCACUACAGAAGAGUACCGUAUCGGCCAAUUAUACAUGAUCGCUAGGCAUAGUCAUGAGCAAUCCGAUAAAGACGAAGGUGUCGAAGUAGUGGAAAAUACUGCUUGCGAAGACCCCGUUCACGGAAAAGGCCAGUAUACCGAAAAAAGAAUCCAUCUCUCUAGUAAACUUCCCUAUUGGGUGCAAUCUAUUUUGCCAAGAAUAUUUUAUGUAACUGAGAAAGCAUGGAACUAUUAUCCUUUUACUAUCACAGAAUACACUUGUUCCUUCAUACCAAAAUUUCACAUAGAAAUAAAUACACGAUACGAAGAUAAUAACGGCUCUACGGAAAAUUGCUUAGGAUUAUCGCCCAUCGAAUUGAUUCAUCGGGAAGUAGAUUUUGUGGAUAUCGCGUACGAUGAGCUUUCCGCGAAGCAUUACAAGGAGGAGGAAGACCCGAAGUUUUUCCAGUCGAAACGAACAGGCCGCGGUCCUCUGGUCGAAGGCUGGAGAGAAACAACAAAACCCAUAAUGUGCUCAUACAAAUUGGUUCACGCUUCCUUCGAGGUGUGGGGCAUGCAGACGCGAAUAGAAGAAUUUAUACACAAAUGUAUACGAGAUAUCCUGGUGCUGGGUCAUAGACAAGCUUUCGCUUGGAUUGACGAAUGGUACGAUAUGACCCUGGAUGAUGUGCGGGAAUACGAGCAGAAAAUGCAAGCCGAGACGAAUGAAAAGGUAAGACUGAAGAAUCAACAGGUCAACGAGAACCCAACAGGCACGCCAACUUCGUCCAUGCCAACCACACCGACCGCGAAAUCGCCCACUCAGUCGAGAUCGUGGUUUUCCUGGUCGUAGCCGUAAUUAGCCGUAAUACAACAAUCGAGUUUAGAUACUUUGGUUGUAGCUCUUCGAUGUCUCGAUUAAUAUUGUGCAAUGAAAAAUCAAUACGGAAAGGAAAUUGUGUUUAAUGUGAUCGCUACAUUUCUUGAGAUAACGUAUACAUACGUAAUGUAUUUCAUAUACGCAAACUUCGUCGUGAAACAAUUUUUAUUUCCAUCUCGAUAUAUAUAUAUAUAUAUACAUAUAGAAGACUGCAUAUGCGUUUAGGUGGCACGCUUAAAAAUCUCGGGAUCAUCUAACAAAAUCACAGCUCUAAACGUGGUGAUGGGAUCAAACAUCACUUUGACAUAGGAUUUUUUUUUUUUUUUGUAGAGAGAGAAUUUUCGAAGAUCAAGUUCAACCGCACGUUUCUUAGAUCAAAUUGUACAUGCAAAUAUAAAUUCUGUUUUAUUAGUAGCAAAUUGUUUCUAUUAUGCAAAACUGUACUCAGUGUGUUUAUAUAUGUGUAUAUAUGUGCGUAUACAUAUAUACACAUAUGUAUAUACGUACACUUAAUUUAAUGUAUCAAAGUUUUAAUGAAUGUUCUAUAUGUAUGAAAGCACACGAAAAUAUAUGUGUUUGCAAAUUUA